AUGGAGAAUAAUCACGAGUCUGGAGAGAACCCCCAGCCCGGGCAUACCUACACGCAGGAACCCGUCAAACCGUGGGGACCAAUCGACAGACAAUAUGCCAAAAUAUCACCCGAUGUCCCUCGGAAUAUCCAUAUCGUAGGAACAGGCAGCAUCGGAAAGCUGGUGGCGCAUUCUCUGCGUGGAAUCCCAGACCCCCCGCCUGUGACACUCAUUUUCCAUCGUGGUCGAUUGGCAUUGGCGUGGGACAAAAGCGAAAGACGGAUUACCGUGCAGGACGGAGAAUAUACCGUUCCAAGAGGUGGAUUUGAUUUUGAACUGUAUAGACCCUAUUUGAAGCAACACGGCGUGAUGUUGCAGGAAGUUAGGGACAAAGGGCAAGUCGACAUAUACGGCAUGAGCGAUGAUACAGGAUUGAAGCCACAUGAAGUCGCCGAGAUCGUUGCAGAACAGAAAACGAAAGAUGAUGCAGGAGAGAGGGGGGAAACGGGCUCCCAGGAUGAUGACAAAACUGUGGGCGGAGCAACGGUUGGGGGUCGAGAAAAUGCACAAAGAAUGAACGAGGCAGCAAUUCCGGAAGACGAGAAGGGUUCGGUGAACACAGCAAAGGCGGCAACUGAUGCGGACUACCAACCUCUCGAAGACGAGCCGAGAGAAUUGGAUGAUUUUGUCUCGUUUGAGCCCAUUCACAACCUGAUUGUCACCACCAAGACCGUACGCACCGUUACAGCUGUCGCUGCUCUGAAGCACCGUCUCACUCGGGAUAGUACCAUCUGCUUCCUACAAAAUGGGAUGGGAGUGAUCGAUGCUGUCAACGAGCAGGUUUUUCCCGACGAGGCCACCCGACCGAACUAUGUGCAGGGCAUCAUCUCGCACGGCGCCAAUGUCCCACCGCAAAUGGCAGCCCAAGAUCCCUUCUUCGUUGUGCACGCGGGUCAUGGAACCAUAUUUCUAGGCGUAGUUCCUCGAAAGUCCCUGGCACAGCAGGUCGAAGAAGCUGGACAUUCUUCCGCCACAGAUGGUGCCGGUGAAGCAGAUGACGGCGAACUUGAUGAAACGCAAGUUGAAAAACUGCCAGAGAGCGCGCGCUAUCUCAUCCGAACCCUGACUCGCACACCAGUCCUAGCCGCUGUCGCCGUCACUCCCAUUGAGCUGCUUCAACUGCAACUGGAAAAGCUAGCCGUCAACUCCAUCCUCAAUCCUCUAACCUCCCUCUUCGACAAUCGCAACGGAACUCUCAAUUAUAACUUCCCUGUUACGCGUCUCAAACGGCUCAUGCUCGCCGAGACUUGUCUCGUGAUCCGCUCGCUUCCGGAACUCCGCGGUCUGCCCAAUGUGCCCACCCGGUUCAGCUCCAAGCGCCUCGAAAACAUGACUACCAGUGUUGCGGGAAGAACAAAGGACAAUAUCAGCAGUAUGCUCGCGGAUAUGAGAGCGGGUCGGCAGACGGAGAUCCAGUACAUCAAUGGAUAUAUCAUACGGAGGGGUGAGGAAUUAGGGGUGAAGUGCGUUGUCAAUUAUGCUAUGAUGCAGGCAGUGCUGGCGAAGUCAUUGAUGAUUGAAAGGGAAUACGCGGAUGAAGUUCCUGUUGAAGGCGCGGGUGAGGGACUGAAUAGGGAGUAG